GUCUGACUGUUGUUUAGUCGCGGAGGAAGGCCGUCGCCAUGAGCGUGUCCCUGAGAACGGAGCUUAACUUGGAUAAGUCAAAAAGGAAAAAGCGGCGAGAACUGACAGAAGAGCAGAAACGUGAGGUUAAGGAGGCAUUUGACUUAUUUGAUACAGAUAAGGAUAAAGCAAUAGAUUAUCAUGAAUUGAAGGUUGCAAUGAGAGCUCUGGGAUUUGAUGUAAAGAAGGCCGAUGUCUUGAAGAUCCUGAAAGAUUAUGAUCGGGAUAGCACUGGCAAAAUUUCUUUUGAAGACUUCAGUGAAGUUGUGACCGAUUGGAUUUUGGACAGAGAUCCAAGGGAAGAAAUGCUAAAAGCAUUCAAACUGUUUGAUGAUGAUGACUCUGGUAAAAUCAAUCUGCGUAAUUUGCGCCGAGUUGCGAGAGAGCUUGGUGAAAACAUGACUGAUGAAGAGCUACGUGCAAUGAUUGAUGAAUUUGAUAAAGAUGGAGAUGGAGAGAUAAACCAGGAAGAAUUCAUUGCUAUUAUGACUGGAGACAUCUAACCUUUUUACGGGGGGAGAAAAACUGACUGGAACAUUGAACAACUCUUGACGUCCUAGUUUUAGUUGUCCCUGUCCAAGUAUUGCAUAAGAGAGGAAAAAGCACAUUCAGUAUCUUCAUAUGAAACCAAAUACACUUGUAUUGAAUCUUGCUUUUGAAUGAAAGAACUCUGAAUUGUUUUGUAUAUUUGUUAUUAGUUUGUAUUUAUAAAUUAUUUAGAUCAAAUAAAAUAACUUUUACUCAUUGGUAAUAGCAUAAACAUGUUACACUAGAUGCAUUCCUAUUAAUAUUUUGAUACAUUUUUGUUGUAAGUAGUCUUAAUAAAAAUUUAUAAUUCA